AUGAAAUUUGCUUCUAAGCUUUCUUUCUUACUUGCAUCUUUGCUACUCGUAACACCAGCUCUUGCCGAUGUUAACAACAACGCUCAUACCCAAGGAUCUGCCGACGAUGAUUUGAAGAAUGGAAUCGACAUUUCGCAAUUAGAAAAGUUAGGUACUUCUACAGCAGUACAGACCAUUCCUGGUUAUCUGAAUGGCUCUUCUUCUGACACCUCAUCUCUGAACAGCUUCUUUUCUUCCAUAUCCAAGUCUUUGUAUAGUGAUUCAACUUCUAUGACAUCGGAAUCUGGCGAGACCAGUUCGGUAGGUAGUAAGACAGACACUACUGAAUAUGCUUCGACCGACUCCCCGGACGCUUCCAGUACUGAAAAUGCUUCAACGGACUUAUCUGAGGCUGCCAGUACCGAGAAUGUCUCAACCGACUCAUCAGACGUUGCCAGUACUGAGAAUGUCUCAACCGACUCAUCAGACGCUGCCAGUACCGAGAAUGUCUCAACCGACUCAUCGGACGCUGCCAGCAUCGAGAAUGUCUCAACCGACUCCCCGGAAGCUUCCAGCACCGAGAAUGUCUCAACCGACUCCCCGGAAGCUUCCAGCACCGAGAAUGUCUCAACCGACUCCCCGGAAGCUUCCAGCACCGAGAAUGUCUCAACGGACUCACCCGACGCUUCUAGUACGGAUGCUUCAACAGAAUCAAUAGACUCUCAGACCUACAGUUCCGAGAACGCUGCCACUACUGUUGCAUCUCCUUCUUCUGUCGCCUCUGAUGCAAUCACAACUAGUUUUCUUUCCGCAUCGUCUACAAACACUCCUGACAACGCUGCAACCACAGUGGUAAGCGGCUUCUCACAGUCAUCGGAAGUGCAAUCUUCCGUCACCGUUAGUGAUAAUUCUCAAUCGGGUAAUGCUGCCACCACCACUUCUGGUGUCUCUACCAUCACCACACCUACUACUCCAGAAACUAUUGACGCAUCUUCUGUUCCUUCUUCCUCAACUCCAUACUAUCCCGUCUCUUCCUCCGAUUCUGAGUUGUCUUCUGAGAGUCCGAUUUCAUUGGGAUUGGAUACCUCUAGUUUAUCUACUGAUAUUUCUAGCCCUAUAACUUCUGCUGCUACAUCCGCUCUUUCUAUCUCUUCCGAGAUAUCCAGUGCUACCCCAUCUGCAGAAACAUCUAUCUUGAUACCAACAGCUUCAUCAGUUUCAGAAACUGCAAUCUCAUCUGGCGUGACUCCAGUCUCUUCCAGCGUGACUCCAGGCUCUUCUAGCGUGACUCUAGGCUAUUCUAGUGAACCUACCUCCACAGGUAACGCAGUUUCCACUGCCAGCUAUAGUCCACAGGUUUCUCAAACAAAACCCACCAGGACCGCUUCUACGGCUUCUGGCAUGAAUACAGAUACAAUACAAUCAGAUUCCAAGCCUUCCACUACAAUUACAAGUUCAACCACGGGCUGGCUUCCUGAUGUAAUUGUCACUCAGUCAGGUUCAGCUGCCCUUUCAUUGACAAGUUCCAUGGCCACCACUGCUCUUCCCAAGGCCAUUGCUCCGGCAGCAACUAGUGCUGCCGUACCAGAAGAUGAUACCCUUAUUACAAUUGGUUUCAAGCAGAGUCUUAACUACGUAUUUGUCGUGGAACAUUCUAUCUCAUCUGCCCAGAUUUUUGAAUAUCUUCCAAAUGUGCUAGCUAAUUCAUUUGUAAACAGCACUGACAUAAUAGUGAAACAGCUUGUUCCAUAUACGUCUUCUCAGCUAGACUACAUUAUCACCGUCGCUGAAGUGUACUAUAAGAAAGACUACAUCGAUGCUUUGCAGACAGCUAUAACUGAUUUAUCAUCAGAAUUCUAUCAGAACCCGUCAAGUACCCAGGACACUUUGGCCGGUCUCAUUGACAGUAAGAUCCCUAUCGACAGCUUGUUGGAAGGAUCCACAUCACUCUGGAUAGACGAGGACUCUGGUUCUUCAGAUGGAUCUAUAGACAGCAAUGUCACUCCGCAGAGUCUUGGAUCCAUGGACUUUUCAUCCCAAGCUAACUCCUCUGUCGCAAAGAUGAAGGUUAGCGGAGGUAGAGUUGCUGGAAUUGUUGCAGGAUCAUCUGUUGGUGUGGCGACAUGCCUAGGUGUUGUUGUGGCUCUUUUCAGACGUCACCGCAAGAACCGGAAAUCCAAUGAUCCAUUUGCAGACGAUUACGCAUACGGACCUGACUCAUCGAUUUCCGAGUCUUAUCCGAAGGAGGAUGGGGCCUCUUACUACACAUAUUCAUCCUCCACAAGCGAGGGACCUAUCAGAUUGGGAGACUCGUCUGCUCAACACGAAAUGCAACAGAAAUAUAUGCCAAGGAUAUCUAAUCCUAUGAACGUGAAGAGUUCACUUGGUUGGUGA